AUGACCGAUACAAACAGUUCUUCAUCGGCUGAAACGUCUGGUCAAUCAUCAUCGAUUGUUGAGUCAACAAAAAAAGGUCGUCAUUUUCAUCGUUUGCACGAUGAUUAUCCGUCCAUUUUGUUUUAUGCGCGAGAAAUGAAAUCAUUAGCAGAAGAAAUUUGCGCAUGUUCACAAUAUUUAGUUAAUUUAGGUGAAAUUGAAUGGAAAUCAUUUCCGGACACCUGGCCAAAUAUAUUCAUUAAAUACAGUGAAAUUAUAAGAAAUAGUCAUGUACUCUAUUUAGCAUCAUUACAUAAUCCUUUGACAAUAUUUGAACAAAUUUCAUUACUCUAUCAUUUACCAAAAUAUCAAUGUAUUAGUUUGAAAGUAUUAUUACCCUAUUUUCCAACAGGUACAAUGGAACGCAUUCAAAUUCAAGGCGAAAUUGCUACGGCUUACUCAUUGGCUGUUAUGUUGAGUUCAAUACCAUUAACACGUACAGGACCAACGGAAAUCGUUAUACUUGACAUUCAUGCAUUACAAAAUCAAUUUUAUUUUUCAUCAAAUGUUGUCGUUCGAUUAGAAUCAACAAUCGGUCUACUUUUACAUGAACUAAAUCAAAAACAUAAGAGUAAUAAAAAUUCAGAUAAAUAUGCCAUUGCAUUUCCGGAUGAUGGUGCACAUAAACGAUAUUCACAUAUGUUCAAUACAUGUAGCGAUAUGAAAUAUGAACAAAUUGUUUGUAGUAAAGUUCGUCUUGAUGAUAAACGUAAAACAACAUUGAAAGAAGGUAAUCCAAAAGGUUAUCAUGUAAUUAUCGUUGAUGAUCUUGUACAAUCGGGUGGCACCUUAUUAGAAUGUGCUAAAACAUUGAAAGAGAAUGGUGCAAUUAAAGUGAGUGCUUAUGUAACACAUGGAAUAUUUCCAAAUGAUAGUUGGAAAAAAUUUCUAUAUGAUAAUGAUGAAAAUGAUAUGAAAUUAGAUACAUUUUAUGUGACAAAUACCUAUCCAAAUACCGAAGUUCUCAUUGAUAAACCCCCAUUCAAAGUAUUAUCAAUAGCAGGAUUACUGUGUAAACAAGAAAAAAAAAUUGUUGCUGAAAGACGUAAAGAAAUUCGAGAUUCAAAGGAUAAACGUCAAACAAUAUCAUAUUGGAAGAUGUCAUUAAAUAUAAAAGCGGCUCUUCUUCUAUUAACUCGUCCAUUAUCAUCCGAUCUAAAUCGUUCUGUUCCCUCUCUACUAUUAACUGUUAAACCACAUGUUCAAUCUCGUCUAUUAAUCUAUUUGAAUCCCAUGAAGUCAUUAACGCAACAACAACACGAACAACUAAAACCGAUUCAAUUAACAAAAAAUGAUCGUCUUUCGAUAAGAGAUUUUACAACGUCUGUUUAUUCAGCAUUAACAUGUUUUGAUCAUGAUUUAUCGGUUGACGUUUUAUUACAGAAUUUUGAUGGUGAACAAAUAACAUUACCAGAUUAUUGUCAAGCUGUAUUUACCGAUUCUCAACAAUCUGUACAAUUGAUAAAAGAAUUUUGUACUAAACAAUUUGGACAAAAACUAGAAGAAAAUUUUAUUUUAAAAUAUUUAACGGAAUUAACAGCUGCAACAUCAAUAGAAGCGAAAGAUCAUUUCACAGUUUCACAAACAGAAAGUGAUUUAUUAAAGGAGAAUUUUACAUUUGAUAAUGGUGUAUUAGGAGGUACAUUUGAUCAUCUUCACAACGGUCAUAAACUGUUAUUGAGUGAUAGUGCAUUAUUGUGCGAUAAGAAACUUGUUAUUGGUGUUACCGACGGUGCUAUGAUUCAAAAUAAGGGGACUGAAUUAAUUGAACCUGUGUCUGUUCGAAUGGAACAUGUUCGAUCUUUUAUAAAUGAUAUUCGACCAAUGUUAAAUGUACAUUGUGAACCGAUUACUGAUCCCUAUGGACCAUCUAUCACCAUGCCUGAUCUAGACUGUAUUAUUGUCACGGAAGAAACGAAAGAUGGUGCAAUACAAGUAAAUGAAAAACGAAAUAAUAAUGGUCUAUCUCAAUUAGCUGUGCAUAUUGUUCCAAUCUUACCAUCUGACAAGAAUAAGAAUAAUGAUGAUGAUGUAAAAAUUAGUUCAACAUCUCUAAGACGGCAAUUAUUGGGUCGUUUACUCAAACCAGUAAAGAAACAAUCACAAUCGAAUUCCCCAUACAUACUUGGGUUAACAGGUGGAAUGGGAGCAGGAAAGACAAGUAUUGCAAAUAGAUUAGAAAAAUUAGGUGCUGGUAUUGUUGAUUGUGAUAAAUUAGGACACGAAACGUACCAAGUGAAUACAGAUGCUUAUAAGAAAAUAAUUGAAGUAUUUGGUGAUGAUAUUCUAUCCACGGAAGAUAAAACAAUUAAUCGUAAAUUACUUGGCAGAAAAGUAUUUGAAAAACCAAAUGAACUGAAAAAAUUAACCGAUAUUGUAUGGCCAGAAAUUUUAAUUUUGGCUAAUAAAAAAAUUGAACAGCUUUACAAUCAAGGUAAAAGAGUGAUCAUAUUGGAUGCUGCCGUCUUGUUAGAAGCAAAAUGGGAUAGUGUUGUUAAUGAAAUAUGGGUAGCUGUUAUACCACCAAAAGAAGCGAUUCGUCGUAUAUGUGAACGUGAUCAUCUGUCGAAUGAUGAUGCUCAACGACGUCUCUCGAAUCAGAUGACAAAUGCUGAACGGGUCAAUGAGGCUAAUGUGGUGUUAUGUACAUAUUGGGAAACGUAUAUUACACAGAACCAAGUGCAAUUAGCGUGGAAUUUGUUAAUGGAACGAAUAUGA